GCAACCAAGCAAAGGGUCUUCGAGAAAGAAGAAGAAGAUCCGGGAUCCGACCAGUAGCAGCUCAUAGUCAUAGCAAUGGCUCCCAGCUUCGGCCGCUCCAUCUCCUUCCCGCUCAGCCCGGCGCGCUCCUCCCGGCGCCACGUCCGCUCCGUCAGCCUCCCGUCCUCCCGCGCCCACCCGCUGCUCGCCCACCUCCAGAACACCACCCGCGCCGUCCGCGCCUGGGCCGCCGACCCCUCCGCCCCCGCCACGGGCCUCGCCCACCUCGACGCGCUCCACGCCGCGCUCGCCGAGCUCCUCCUCCUCCCCGAGGCGCGCGCCGCGCUUCAGAGCGGCUCCGCCACCGCGGACUGCCUCCUCGACGGGUUCCUCGUCCUCGCCGACGCGCACGGCGCCUUCCAGGAGGCGGUCCUCGAGCUCAGGCGCCACGCCGCCGAGGCCCAGGCCGCGCUCCGCAGGCGCGACCAGCCCCGGCUCGCCUCCGCGGUCCGGGCGCAGCGCCAGGCCGAGAAGGACCUCGCCCGCCUCGCCUCGUCCGUGCGCGGCGCCGCCAAGUUCCCGCAGCUGGCCGGAACCGCCGCCAGCGUCGCCGAGGUCGAGGUCUCCGGGGUGCUCACCGAGGCCGUGGCCGCCGUCGCGUCGGCCUCGGCUGCCGUCUUCUCGGCCGUCGAGUCCGUCUCGUCGGCCGCGACCGCCGCCGUCGCGUCUUCGUCCAGGAAGCCAGCGACUCUCAUCUCUCUGGUCACGAGGACCAAGGCGGCGGCUGCCUCCUCCGACGAGGACAAGGAGAUGGCGGCGCUCGACAAGCUGGAAGACCUCGACGAGUGCAUCGCCAAGAUGGAAGCCGGGAGCGACAAGGUGUUCAGGAGCAUCCUGCAAACCAGGGUUGCACUCCUAAACAUCCACACCCAAACAUGCUGAUGAUUUUGGACAAGAAAAGCAGUCCAGACUAUAUAUAUUGAUUGACCCAACAAUGCAAGUGUACAUACAAAUUCAUCAACGAAUCAAAGCAAAGAAGCUCUUGUUCGAUUGA